AUGUCUCAAGUCAUUAGUGAUGAUGUUGCUAUAUACCUUCACAUCUCACUUAACGUUGUCGUCCGUUCCGUCAUUUCGGUUGCUGGCGUUGUCACCAACCUCAUCAACAUGAUCAUCUUCUCCAAACUGGGUCUCAAAGACAGCAUGAGUGUGGGUCUGUUUUCUCUUUCACUAACGGACUUUCUAGUGACAGUUAUCCAACUUGCAAGUGCUGUUACUUUUGUAAUGGAUCUUCUGUGUGUGAACGCUGGCGUUGACAAGAAGUAUUUAGGCUACUAUUCACUGGCGUGGGCUAUAAGCGGUGUCUACCAAAUCUCCUGUUGGAUCACGGCUAUGAUAUCUAUAGAGAGGUGUUACUGUGUGGUUUUCCCGUUCAAAGUCAAGGCAUAUUCUGAAGUUAGUGCAGUCACGACAGACAUGUCUCAGGUAAUUAGCGAUUCUUGCAUGAUAUACAUCAAUAUCUUUGUCAACGUUGUUGUCCGUUCCAUCAUCUCCGUUGCUGGCGUGGUCACCAACCUCAUCAACAUGAUCAUCUUUUCAAAACUGGGCCUCAAAGACAGCAUGAGU